AUGUGGGCACGUGCGAUAGUAUCGCUCGCUUUCGUAGCAGUGGCGACAGCAUCACUAGAAGUAGUGAACCAAUGGAGUUUCCUUCAAUUCGACUUCCCACCAGACCCCGUUCUGUUGGAGAAGUUUCAGCCUGAAAAUACCGUGCCUACAGGCUUGGAGAUCGGAUGGGACAGACUCUACAUAGGGAUUCCGCGCCUGCGUGCUGGCGUUCCAGCAACUUUGGCGUGGGUUCCGCGCUCUUUGCCACCAGGCGUCAGUCCAGUUCUGCAGGCUUACCCCGACUGGUCAUGGCACACAGCUGGCAGAGGAGACAUCAACUGCACCGGUUUGAUCUCGGUGUACCGUGUCCGAGCUGACCGGUGUAACAGGCUCUGGGUUUUGGAUGCUGGCGUGGUUACCAGUAUCGACGACUUCCGGCGUGUAUGCCCUCCUAAGAUACUCGUUUUUGACAUGGCCACUGAUCGUUUGGUGAGGAGUAUUUACUUCCCACGUGAACUCCUUCGGCCAGCGACCCUACUCACGAACAUCGUCCUCGAUGACACCAGGUCUUCAGCCCACCACGCCGCUAAUUGCGAUAACAUCUUCGCUUACAUCAGUGAUACUGUAGCUCCUGGUAUAAUUGUCUACGACGGUCGUCGCGACAACGCUUGGCGCGUCACCCACGCAUCCAUGUACCCCGACCCCAACCUCGGCGAAUACGACAUUGGUGGAGACAAGUUCACUCUUAUGGACGGUAUCGUCGGAUUAACCCACUCGCCAGCUCAGGGCCUCUUGUACUAUCAGCCGCUGGCAACAGAUAGAAUAUUCAGUGUAUCAACAGCAGUUUUAGCAUCCGGUCCACCAGCAGAAGGGGCUGACUUACCUGUGAACCUCGUGGGUCGGAAAUCUUCGCAAGGUCUCGGUAUCGCGGUGGACCCAAGAGACGACACUAUCAUCUUCAGCCCCAUGACUGAAACCGCCAUAGCUGCAUGGAACCCCAUAACUAACUCACACAGGGUGUUAGCCCAGGACCCUGAGAAGCUGCAGUUCUGCGCGGAAGUGCGAUGGGCGGAAAGAGACAAUGGAGCCGUGUGGGCUCUAUCUACUAGGUUCCACAAAUUCUUCAAGAGAUCCGUCUCUAAACACGAGAUCAACGUGCGCAUAAUGCGAGUUGUGGAGGGUGGCUACAGCGGUUAUGGAGGAUACGGUUCACUGCAACCACACAUACAGCGUCGGUCCACAGCUAAUGUUACAUCCAACUUCUAA